GUUUGUUUACACCAGCUGAUACUUUUGGCCCGUUUUCAGCGGGAUUUUGUAUCUGUCAACUGUUUGAAAAAAAAAGAAGAAAGUUGGAUGUCAGAAGCCUAUGCGCCAGUUGUUCACUGAAUUGAUCCUGUCUCGAUGGCUUCAAAUGGUAGAGAUAGGUCUGAUGUCACAGAUGACUCUGACGUCACAGAUAAUGACAUGAAUGAGGACCAACUUUGGGAAGACGUUGAAAAAAUUAGAAAGAAACACGGUGCAAAAAAACAGUUGAAAGACUUCACUGAUGAUGACUUGGAUAAGAUAAGAGAGCAGUUGUAUAUUCAUGUUGAAUAUUUAAGAGACCGGCUGAGUGAUGAUGAGGUUGAGGAAAUGAGGGCCAGUGCAGAGCGUACAUUAGUGCAACUUGUCAAUGAGCGGAAGGAAAGGAUGAAGAAAUUACGUAAAACUUCUAUGGCCUCAACAUCUGAGUUGCCAGCAACCAGAAAACCUGCACCAAGAACCCCAUCAUCAAGAACACCAUCAUCAAGAAAGCCAGCAGUUGUAACUGUAGAUUCAGAUGAAGAGGAAUUAAAGGAAAGAUCUGUUUUUAAAAAUUAUUUACCACCAGUUAAAGGAAGACUGAGUCUUCUAACCUUCGGCCAAUCAAGAAAACCACCAUCACAUUCAAGACUGUUGAAAGGUAAAUGGGGAACCUCAGAAGAAGAAGAAUUUAUUGUUCAGACAAUAAAAACCGGUGAAGGUCUCUGGUCAGAAAUCAAAGCUCAGCUGGGCAGUUUGCGCUCCAGUGUCCAGCUUAAGGACAAAUGGAGGAUCAUCCCAGAUAGUAGAAAGCUAUCAGUCGCCAAAACACAUGGACUAACUUAUAAACCCAAAAAAAAACAUUGAUAUGUUGAUACUGUUUGUUGACCUAUGGACUCUGUUUUAAAUCCAAAAAAUAACAUUGAUACGUUGAUACUAUUUGUUGAAAAUAACAUUGGUAUGUUGGUACUAUUUGUUGAAAAUUGAUAAGCUUGAUACUAUUUGUUGAAAAUAACAUUGAUAGCUUGAUACUAUUUGUUAAAACAACAUUGAUACUUUGAUACUAUUCGUUGAAAAUAACAUUGAUACUUUGAUACUAUUUGUUGAAAAUAACAUUGAUACUUUGAUACUAUUUGUUGAAAAUAACAUUGAUAGCUUGAUACUAUUUGUUGAAAAUAACAUUGAUAGCUUGAUACUAUUUGUUGACCUAAGGACUCAGUUUUAAACCCAAAAAAUAACAUUGAUAUGUUGAUAUUAUUUGUUGACCUACGUUGAGCCUUCCUUACCUCUUGAUUAAAUGUUUUUUAUAAGAAU